AUGGCUUACGCUGAUGAUGCCGUCAGAGCAAAGCUCUCGGCGCUGAACGAGACUCAAGAUAGCAUUGUCAGUGUCGCUCAAUGGAUCAUCUUUCACAGACGACAUGCAGACCGUACUGCUGAGCUGUGGCUCGAGAGACUCAAGGACUCAAACCCUCCCAAGAAGCUGAAUCUCAUCUAUCUCGCCAAUGGUAACCACCUGAAACUCUAUCCAUCACAUGCGACCACUACUAAUGCCCGUCCAUANGAGGUCGUACAGCAAUCAAAGGCACGCAAGAAGGAUGACUUCCUUGUGGCCUUCAGUCCUGUAAGUUUCCAUCCUGUGCGCUGUCAAGUCCCUCUAACCAGACUANNGAUCAUCGCAGAAGCCACAUCCUUGGCCUACAAGAGCGGCACCCAGGAUACUGGCGGUAAGAUCAAGCGUGUCGUAGAAGUCUGGCGUCAGCGCAACAUCUUCGAUCUUGCCAUACAGGAUGCUACUGAGAAGCGCAUUCAAGGUACUAACCGGCAUCGUCUCUUAGCGCCAUCGUUUACUAACAAGCUGCANGAGGUCGACAAGUCACGUACAGCUCGUUCAGGCGGCGCUCGACUCGGUGGUUCCCUUCUCGGUGGCUCUCUCUUCUCCAACAACUCCUCGGCCCCGCCAGUCCCAUCCGAGCUACAACCCCUGGCACAACUGCAGUCCUCCCUUUCUCGCGCCGACUCUGCCGCUCAACCCCUCGUCCAGACAGCAAACACCGAACACGCAAAGCUGACGGAUCCAAACACUCCUGUACCCAGUCCUCCCGUUCACGCCGCUCGCCUGUCGUCGCUUUUGAAGAACCUUGCCGCUGCAGAGGGCGCCGUUGAAGCUAGUCUGAAGGCCCGAGACGAACUCAUCACUGGAUUGGUGAAACUGCUUGAUGCUAACAGGGAUAAGCUGGAAGAAGAAGAGAAAAUACACUCGGAGCUUUCGUCUCGCCGCGCCAUUAUUGAGGGAAAGAAGAAGGAUGUCGAGGACGGCAUUAUGCGUGGUCUGUCCGCUGAUGCUUCGGCCGCCGUGUCCUCUGGCGCUUCUGCCAAUCCUCGUCCUACUGGUGGUGACGGCAGUCCCGAGGUUGAAUCUUUCACGCCACCUNNCCCCCCUGAUGUCGAGAACUUCACCCCCACUGGCUCUCCUGAACCUGCCUAUCCCGCAGACGACCACUCAUACGACCAAGACUUCCUGGAAUCAAACACUUUUGCCGCAGACCGUAAUCAAGAACAGGAACCUGUACACACCGAACCCGCCCCCUCAUUUGAGCCUCCACCAGCUCUUCAAACUAGUGCCCCUGGCAUGUCAGAAGGCGCAAACAUGUUGCUUAACAGCCUGGCCCGUCCCGCAUCAAACAGCCCUGCUGCCACUUCUGAUCCCAGACUGAAGAGAAGAAAGAUGAACCACAACUCUGAAAUGGAUGACGAGCUCUUCAGUACCGGCGAGGGUGUCGGUCUGGACAAGGACGUUGCUGCUAUGCUCGGUGCUCAGUGA